CAAGCGUGUUUGGUCACUGAGAAAGUGUUUGGAGAAAAAGAGGAAUAUUUACAGAGAGAGUGAGGGGAGACAGAUGCAAAACCAGAGAGACCCACAUGAGAUUCAAUCAUCAAAAGCAUGUAUUGACGCACUCAUAUAUGUAAUUUGUUAAAGCAGGGAACAGAGCCCAUGAGCCAUCACCCUUUUACUUUCACUUUUUUUUAUUUUCUUCUUUUUUGCCAAUUCGAAGGGUAAAGGAGAGCACUUUCAUUAUUCCUAUCUACAACUCUUUGUUCACCGGUUCCCUUGAUGCUUGACACCGGCGUCCCCUUUCAAUCAUUUUAGGCACUUCGUGUUGCUUCAAAGUAAAAGAUAACAGAUGGGAUUUCGUUGAAGCAUUCAGAACACCUAAUUCCUGGUGAGUUUUUUGUUUUGGGGUUCAAGAUUCUUUUGUUGUGUGUUGAACAAAACCCGACUUUUACAUGUUUCUGGUUGUUCUUUUGUGGGUUUUUAGCGAGACUUGAUUUAUGAUUAAGAGUGGAGGAGAAAGAGGAAUUUGAUGAUUGCUAAUUAUGUAUUUUGUCUGAGAGGGUUUGAAGUGCAUUUCUUGCUGUAAGGAAGUACCUUUUGAAUUUGGGUUUCUGGGAAUCACUUCAAAAAUACAUCUUGUCAAAUUUUUUGAAGGAAACAAGUUGCUUCCAAGAUUGGAAAUGCCAUUUCUUGAUUAAGUGAUGCUGUAAAUUAUUGUUAGGCAUGUCUGAAAUUAGGCUUAAAAGGAUAGAACAAGGCCAAGCUAAUAUUAGAAAUGUGCCAAUUGCUGUCACUCCAGAAGGUUUUUGGUGUUGUCCAUCACCUGUCGUAUUUCAAAAGACCCUCAAAGCGCAAAACCCUCUAAACAAACCAAAAACUACCUCGCCACCAGACAAGAACAGUUUCCAGAAGAAUCCGAACCCACCGACAGAGAGGAAACCCUCAGCCACCCCAUUAAGAGCUGCAAUUGCUUCUGAUGAUCAUCAAAAUGUUGGUCCUGAUGCAUCUGGUGUCAGCACGCCAGUUGUUACCGAGAGAGUGUCAAGGCCUAAGGUAGAAGGUAUGCCAAGGAAGGUAGCAAUUGAGUUUGGUGAACCUGGAACCAGCGACAUGAAGGUUGUUUUACUGGGAAAGCAGGGAUUUUGUGUGAAGUUGAGUGUACACAGAAGUGUUUUGGUGGAUAAUAGCAUCUAUUUUGGUGAUAAAUUCUCAGAACAGGAGUCUAGUUUACCUUGUCUUGAAAUUGCCGACUGUGAGGAUGUUGAGAUAUAUGUUGAGACUGUGGGACUGAUGUAUUGCAAAGAAAUGAAGCAGCGGAUGAUCAAGCAAAGUGUUUCUCGCGUGCUUCGUAUUCUCAAGGUUGCUGAACUUCUUGGUUUCAACAAAUGCAUUCAAUCAUGCUUGGAAUAUUUGGAAGCUGUUCCAUGGGUGGGGGAGGAAGAAGAGAAGGUAGUCUCAUCAGUUUUACGACUUCAGAAUGAGGGUAUUGGGGUCACCCCCAUUCUGAAGAGAGUCUCUUCAGAUGUUACUAAUGCCCCUAAAGACACGCUUUCUCACAUAAUGGAACUUGUUCUUAAAAGCAAUGAGGAGAGAGGGCGGCGUGAAAUGAAAUCCAUAGUACUUAAGCUCCUCAGGGAGAAUAACAGUUUACCGAACGGUGCAGGUUCAACUGACAUUUGUUACGGAACCAUUUAUAGUUCAUGUCGAAGUUGCUUGAAUUCAUUGCUGUGUCUAUUCAAGCAAGUCGCUGAUCCUGGGUCCAGUGACAUACCCGUUGACAAUAAGGAAACGGUGGGGAAAAGGAUAGCUCUAGAGGCUGACAAUGUCUCAUGGUUGCUUGACAUUUUAGCUGACAGGCAAGCGGCAGACGAGUUUGCUCAAAUGUGGGCUAGCCAGCAAGAAUUGGCAAACUUACAUGAAAAGCUACCAAUAGUCUCUCGUUACCAUGUUAGCUGCAUUACUGCAAGGCUGUUCGUCGGGAUUGGAAGAGGAGAGAUGCUCCCAUCAAAGGACACCCGUCACUUGCUGUUACAGACCUGGUUACAGCCAUUGAUCAAUGACUACAGCUGGUUGCAACAUGGAUGCCGGUCAUUUGAUAGGAAGGUUGUAGAAGAGGGAAUUGGAAGGACGAUUCUCACACUUCCUCUUGAGGAUCAGCAGAGUAUUCUGUUGGCUUGGUUGGGCAGCUUUCUGAAAGCCGGUGAUAAUUGCCCAAAUCUGCAGAGAGCAUUUGAGGUUUGGUGGCGAAGGACCUUCAUCAGGCCACACGUCGAAAAACAAGGCAAUCAAUCCCAGUCGGAUAGCUCAACGACAUCAAAGAACUAGAUAUGAAUUGAGAAAGAAAGGUUGAAGGGACUAUGUGCAGAGGUAUUAUAUAAUACAGCUUUCCUGCAUUUGAAAGAGCUUGAUGGGAGUGCAAUAUGGGAAUGUGGAUUGAUGCUUGGUUUGGAAAUUACUGGGAAAACAAAUUCGUAGUUGAUUUGUGUGAGUUCUUAAAUCUACAUGUUAACAGUGUUGGGACAAAUAUGUUUGAUGAUCAGGCAUUCUAUUUGUUUGACAGUACAGUCUACUUUGUAAGGUGACAGCCUUCAUUGUUACUUCUGGUAGUAUUUAUAAAUUUCUGAGCUCGGUCAAAAGAUUUUCUGCUUUUA